AUGACUGCCCCCACUAAGGAAUGGAAGCCCAAGAAACCUCACUACAUCCCUCAACCCCCAGGUAAACCUUUCAAGUAUCACUGCUUUCAGUGCCCGUUUACCUGCAAUGAAAAAUCUCACUUGUUCAACCACAUGAAGUACAACUUGUGUAAGAAGUCACUUUCACUUCUGUCUAAGCAAAGCAAGGUUUCCCUCAACAUUGUUGAUGAAAUUAGCGUGACAAAAGAUACCACAGAGGCACCGAUGCAGAAUAAUGCUUCAGCACAAGCUGAUGAUUUGAAUGAAAUAAAUACAGCCCAGCUGACAGAUGUCCAUAAAGCCCAACCAAAUGAUGAAGAGAGGAGUAACAUACCUGAAAGAGUAUCGUUACCUCAGAGUGAUCAACAACCAAAAAAGAAUGCAGAUCUUCUAAUGACCAAAGAAUCAUCCAAGACUGACAGAGUGAAAACAACAUCAUCAAGCAAUAUGGAAAAACUAGCAACAACACACACCUCUGCAAUUUCUGCUGAUUCCUCAUUUCAGGAAGAUCCGAUAUCACCCAUUCUGCAACCAACAAUGUCUUCGCAACAUGGGUUUCUUCCAGUAUACAACCCAAUUCCUGUACAUAAUUCAGUCCUCAUUGACUACAGCCCCCAAAAGCAGGCAAAAGAAACAGAAUAUUUUUACCAAGGUCUGAAAUACCCUUCUCAUGGCUUCCAUUAUAAUUUAUACUCUAUAUACUCUUCCUAUUCACCCUAUUACCUUUGUGACAGUUACUGCAAUCAUCUCCCUUCCCCUUCACAUUUUACUCCAUAUAUUAAGGAUGCUCAACCACCUGGUAUCCACCCUCUCUUACCAGGGCAAAUUCACUCCAUCCCAACAAUCCCAAAUCCUGCUUUAGACCAAACUUAUAGAUUCUACCAUUCAAGUCCUUCCCUUAUGUACCACCUUCAAGACCAGACCCAUCUUACCUCAUGUUCCAAUGCAGAGAAAGGCCAGUCUACUAUGGUUGUACCAGGAAGUCUUGGUAAUGUAAGACCUGAUGGUUUCCAUCUUGAUUCAUAUACCAUGGCUCAAAGAGAAUUCUUAUACAGGCAGGAACCUGGGAUCAGAGUAAGCCAACAAAGCAAUGUUCAAAUGAGUCCCAAACUUGGCUGUUCUCCAACUGGAUCACCAGCUGGGCCAAAUGCAACAGAUAACACCCAGAAAGAAUCAGAAUCCCAGAAACCACUGGAUGUAAGUGGGAUAGUGUCCCCACAUGACCAAGUGGAAGAGUGUAACACUAAGUCACCCUCAGCUAAAGAUGGAUCCAGACAAGGCAGCUCCACACACUGUGAGAGGCCAGCAGACCAAGAAGAAGUGGCAAAUGAUGAUGUGGCUCCACUGAACCUCUCAAACAAUAAAACUGCAUUUGAGGUUCCUUUAAACCUCUCUAUAAAACCUAUAUCUACUGUCCCUUCCUCACUAUCACAUAUACAAAGUGAGAGUAAAAAUGCCACCUGGGGAAUUAUGGAUUCCAGUUCACUAAAAGAAGAAAAUGAUGAUACCACAGACAAAAAGAAACAGACAGCUGCAUAUGCAUUGUGUCAGCUAGCCCAGUGGAAUCUGUCAGAACAGACAGAAUCCUCAGAGACGAGUACACACUUGAGCAAGUACACAGAGACUAGUGCUAACGACGGGCUGAGCAACCAUCAAAUCAGCUCUACUUCACUUCAUACUAAUGGCAUAAGCAGUAGUCCAGCAGCCAUUCCUCAAAACAGAGAAAGUGAUAGCACUGAAACAGAGAAGACAAAUUCUUGGUCAGAGUUUCCUGAUCCAGAAUCUGAUCUGAAUGUUAACAGCUCCACACCUGAUCCUGACGAGACAACAGAUGUUCCUCUCAAACCCAAAACCAAGAUUCAGAAAAAAGCCAGAAGAUGUGGAACAUCUGCAAAGAGGAGCAAAGACUCAGUUCCUAGCAAUCGCAUUCUGAGGAAAAGACUUCGCUGUUAA